AUGCCACCCAAGAAGCCCGUCGUCGAGGAGAAGAUCCCUCUUGGCCGCCCUGGUAACAACCUCAAGAGUGGUAUCGUUGGCCUCGCCAACGUCGGCAAGUCCACACUCUUCCAGGCCAUUACCAAGUCGAACCUCGGUAACCCUGCUAACUUCCCCUACGCGACCAUUGAGCCCGAGGAGGCCCGCGUUGUUGUGCCCGACGAGCGUUUCGACUACCUCGUCGACAAGUACAAGCCCAAGUCUGUGGUGCCCGCCAACUUGACUAUCUACGAUAUUGCCGGUCUGACCCGCGGUUCGUCCACUGGUGCUGGUCUUGGCAACGCUUUUUUGUCACACAUUCGCGCCGUCGAUGCCAUCUUCCAGGUUGUGCGCUGUUUUGACGACGCUGAGAUCAUCCACAUUGAGGGCGAUGUGAACCCCACUCGCGAUUUGGACAUUAUCAGCACCGAACUGCGACUCAAGGACAUUGAGUUCGUGGAGAAGGCGCUUGAGAAUCAGAAAAAGAAGACCCGCAUGGGUGGCCAGAGUCUGGAACAGAAGAAGGCUCGCCAGGAACAGGAGAUUAUCGAAAAGGUUCUUGCCUGGUUGAACGACGACAAGGAUGUCCGCAAGGGCAACUGGGGUCCCAAGGAGAUCGAGGUUAUCAACCCUCUUUUCCUCCUGACGGCCAAGCCUGUGAUCUACCUCGUCAACUUGUCUGAGCGUGACUUCAUCCGCAAGAAAAACAAGCACUUGCCCAAGAUCGCCGAGUGGAUCAAGGAGCAUGCCGACGGUGACCCGAUCAUCCCUGUCUCGGUCGCCUUCGAGGAGCGCUUGACGCGCUAUGAGACCGAAGACGAGGCCAAGGAGGAGAUGAAGACCGUCGGCGCUGAGACCGUCAUUCCCAAACUGAUCACACAGAUGCGCAAAACUCUCCAACUCGGUAGCUUCUUCACGACUGGUCCCGAUGAGGUGCGCCAGUGGACCAUCCGCACCGGCACCAAAGCGCCGCAGGCGGCUGGUGUUAUCCACACAGACUUUGAGAAAACCUUCAUCCAGGCUGUUGUAUACAAUUUCAACGUGCUCAAGGACUGUGGUGGCGAUGAAGCGGAGGUCAAGGCCAAGGGUAAGAUCAUGACCAAGGGCAAGGAGUACGUUGUGGAAGACGGCGACAUCAUGCUGAUCAAGGCUGGUGCCGCCAAGAGCUAG